UUCUCUUUGCCAACGCGCGCGUUCCCGAGAGGGAUCGGUAGAAAAUGGCGAGUCUGUGCAAGAAGCAGCAAUGCACGAUCGAGAGGCGAGGCUUUCGGCAGGAACUUGACUCGUGGCGGCACAAACUCAUUCAUUGUGUAGGUUUUGAGAGCAUUUUAGAAGGGUUGUUUGGGUCGGGGCUGCUGGAGGAUCUAACGUUAUUUAAAGACUGUGAGCCUGAAGGUGUGUCAGACUGGUCAUUUGACGAGAACUGUCUGUUCUGCUGCUUAAGACGAGACAAAGUCAAGGAGCACUUAGUUGGCCUGAGCAACCAGGGGUUGGAGAGUGGGUCUAAACCCCUGCUGGUCAAAGACCAGAUUAAGAUCAACAGACUCGAGAAACAAGCUGAGGAAUUCCUCAGUGCAGUCCUCUACAAAAAAGAUGUCCCCAGCUUCUCAGACCUGCACAUUCCAGUAGUGGCUCGGGAGAUAAUGCAGAGGAUGAUCCGCCAGUUUGCUGCCGAAUAUACCUCAAAAAACAGCUCCUCUUCUCAGGACAUCCCCUCUGCCCCCAGCCCUGCUACCCAGGCCCACUCAGAUCAGAGCCUGCCACCUCCCCCCUCGCUGCCCCCUGCUGCCAGCCUUGGUGGUACUGCUACAUCCUCCGUACCCAGCCAGAACCCUGUCCUCUCCAAGCUGCUUAUGGCCGACCAGGACUCGCCUCUCGACCUCACUGUCAAAAAGCUUCCGCCACAGCCUGUAGAACAAGAUGGAGUCCUGGACCUGUCACUCAAAAAGGGAUGGGCCAGAAGCAGCAUGUCAUCGCACCACAGCCCUCACCUUUCCCAGAUGUCCACUCUCAGAGGGCGUUCCCUGAGAGCUGACGGACAGGCCGGGCUGCCUAUGAGGAGCCUGCAGGAUGGGAGGAGGAGGGAGAAUUUCGGCCACUCCGCCCCUUUAAAGCCCACCUCGCCACUCGGUCAUGUGCCGCACAUCAAACAGGAAGUGAACCAGGAUUCCGACACAGAGUUGUCUCCCAACCAGAACUACACCUCCAGACCCUUCGACCACCUCUCUCUCUCUAGGUAUGGUUCUCCGUCCUGGGCCUCCAAGACCCACUUCGGGGCCCUCUUGAAGCUCCGGGCCAACAGCGGAGCCGGGGACCACCUCAAAGACCUACCGAGCCUGCUGGAGGCCGCGGGGCUCUUCAAGUCCCCCUCCUGUGGGAAGGCAAUCCUCCAGGCCCGGAGAGACCAGGGGCUCUCCCUUUCUCACUCCCCGCCCGUCGACCUCAAAAUCCCCCAGGUGCGAGGCCUAGGAGGCCUGGGGGUGGACCUCUCCUGGGGCUCCCUGAGCUCUGAUUCCUACAGCCUUCCUAGCCCCCACUGUGAGAACAGCCUCGGGAAAAGGCUUAGGUCCAUCCUGCCCAAACACGGUCGCCGGGGAAGCAGUGGAGGUCUGGACGGUCCUGGAAGAGAUGGGGAGUACUGGGGUUCAUCUGAUGCAGACCGCCAUGCCUCUGGGGGGCCGUACCCUACCUCUGACCCUGAGGCAGACCUCUGCAACAAGCAGCCCAGGAAGAAGAGGGGAAGAUACCGUCAGUACAACACAGAGCUGCUAGAAGAAGCUAUAGAAGUGGUUAUGGGGGGGAAGAUGAGCGUGUCCAAGGCUCAGACCGUCUAUGGGAUCCCUCACAGCACUCUGGAGUAUAAAGUCAAGGAGCGCCUUGGCACCCUGAAACACCCGCCCAAGAAGAAGCUGAAGCUGAUGAGCCACAUGGAGGAACUGGAGGGUAUGGAGGCCCCAGAGGGCAAAGAAGCUCUGGAUGUGCCCCUGGACCCCCAGGAGUCGCUGUGUGAGGGGAGACCGUCUGUGCCCAGAGAAAAUGGCAGGGAGCUGCUCGGCACAGGCCUCUCACCAGACAAUGAAUGUCUGGAGCUGAGUCCAGCGAAGGCCAGGGACCUCCAGUCCACUUCGACACUGGAGCAGUUCAUGACGAAGCUGUGUCUGCAUCACCAGAGGCAGAUUGUCGACGCUCUGGGCUUCCUACAGACAGAGGUCAAGACUAUAUCCUCCUCCAGCACAUCACCAGCCUCUGCCUUCAAAACCUCUUGCUCAGUCAAGCACGGCGCCCUUCAGGGUCCUAGUCCUGAACCCUGCCUGGAGAAUGGGAGGACUGGCCAGAAACUUCCCAUGGCUUCCACUCCCAAAGGACUGGUGGAGGGGGGAGAGACAGUUUGUACCAGGAGUAGCAGGUUGGCAGCCCCAGAGCAGACCCCUGAGACUGAUGUGUCUAGAAAUGUAUCUGGGGCCGCUGGGCCAGCCUUAGAUUUCCGUAAAUCUGUCCCAGGGGGGUCUAAGGCUUUGGCAAACCUUCUCAGAAGCACAGAGGACAGUGAGAGUAAACCUCUUAGUGACCAUGCUCCUCUAAAGAUCAAAAUCAUGAAGUCCAGCAGCCUGGCUGAUGGUAAGAAGCUGUCCUGUGUGCUCACCACCUCUCUUCCUGCUCUCGCCAGUACUAUGGAUAAACAGCAGGGCAAUUCUGACUCUUCAAUCAGAGCAGAUAGUUACAGCGAUGGCCCCAGCUCCUCUGUGAAAAGGCACAAUGAUGUUAAUCAUCCAAUAAGACAAAGAGGCUCCUUUGGACGUACCAGAGAUACGCUGGUCAAACAGAGUCCACCCCAAAAGACCCCCACCAUCAUACCCCCAGUUUCCCCCAGGACAGCAAGGAAGACCUUGAAGGGGUCUUCCUACCAUCGGCCGAGGGACUCUUCUUCGCUGUGUCAGUUUGUAACCGACCCAGAUCUUGGCCACUGCGACAUUGUCUACAUUGACAAACCAAUCACAGACUGUUUCCAGAAAUGGCCUCACUGUCGGUUCCCGCGAAACAACGCCAGGAAAAGCACCAGAGGUCACAUGUACGUGGAGGAGAUGUGGGAGCUUAAGACUGUCCGUACAUUAGCCAGAAAGUCCGCCCGCAACUAUAGUGGCAACUCUCUCACUCCAAUGCCAGAUCUCAACACUCUGGUCACCCCUAAACAGCUGCUUGGCAAGCCUGAGGGUGUACCUCUUGUGGAUAUGCCCUUCAUUGGAGGUAUCUUGGAGACGGUCAGUCAGAGAACUCCCUCGGAGCAUUCAGCUGAAAGGGAGUUGGCUGGGUAUUUAGAGACUGCAGCAACAUCAGCCAGUGAGGUGGAGCUAAUCAUUGAGCCUAAUCAGACAGACCAGAGCCUAUGCAAAGAACAGACUGCCCCUCCAUCUCCUUCACAGUGUCCCCCAGUGGAGAACGAGCAGAGUGCAGGGACAGACUCAGAGCAGCCAAGGCUGAGUGUAGCACCAGAUAGUCUAGCUCGUACUGUGGAUGAGACCGCACAUCAGGAUUUAAACAGUGUUAUUAAUGACAUCGUUUUGAGUGAAAGCCCAGAGCAGGUGGUGAUGGGGAAAGAUGUGAACCCAUCACAUAAGACAUCAGAAGAAGCUGAGCUUGUCCAGGAUCAGCUGCAGAGUGUGCCAGAGGGCCAGAACGUAAUCUCUGAUACCCAACAAAAGGAAUCUGAAUCCCCGAGCCCUUCCAUGGAGAGCACUGGUGACAAGGAGGAGAAUGAGGUAGUGAGUGCAAGUGCAAUUGGUAAAGAACAGUCCGAGCCACUGGAACCUCAGAGUCCAGUUGACCAGAAACCAUCUGAGGGCUCUGGAGGAGAAGUUGGCACUGAGGUUCCCACAGAGAGUGAAAGGAUGGAGGUGCAGGAAACAGGCAAGGUUGAACCAGACUGGGCUCCAGGUGACGGCAACAAUGUGCCUGAAGAGAAAAGGACAGAUGCUGAUUCGUUCUCUAAAAAGGCAGAUGAGGCAGUUGUGAAACAAUCACCUCCAAGGUGUUCUGAAAAACAGGGUAUUCCAGCACGGGUGAUUCCUUCAAAGGUGAAGGAAACUACAGUGAUUGAGACCGAGAAUAUGAUUAUAUGUGGAUAUGUGAAUGGUAGACCUAUAGCGCAGUCUGACAGAUGUUUGCGUGAACGGCCAGCUAAAAACACCCCAGAGUCUACUCCUACGAAGACUAAACGCCCCACUAAGACCGCUCUGAAACAAUCCGAGAAACCUUCUGAGAACAUGCCAGAAAUUCCUCAAGUCUCAUGCCCUCCAGCCGAACUGAUCAAAAUCCCUGUGUCCAAACAUCCCACAAAAACCUUUAAAGCAACUCAGAACCUGCCUGACACAAAGACCCCUGUGGAAGCGAGCCAGAUCACGUCUGACGCAAGGGCCCCUCUAACAGCAAGACUUAGCAUUACUGACACUCCUCUAGUUGCAGACACAUCAAUCGACUCCACCAGGAACCCUGAGCCCAGACACCCGCUCAGAUCAGCCAGACUGCAACAGCGAGCAGCUGUCGCCUCGCCCCCCCUCCCUGUCGCCCCGGCCCCCCUCCCUGUCGCCCCGGCCCCCCUCCCUGUCGCCCUGGCCCCCCUCUCUGUCGCCUCGCCCCCCCUCCCUGUCGCCCCGGCCCCCCUCCCUGUCGCCCCGGCCCCCCUCCCUGUCGCCCCGGCCCCCCUCCCUGUCGCCCCGGCCCCCCUCCCUGUCGCCCCGGCCCCCCUCCCUGUCGCCUCGCCCCUCCUCCCUGUCGCCUCGCCCCCCCUCCCUGUCGCCUCGCCCCCCCUCCCUGUCGCCUCGCCCCCCCUCCCUGUCGCCCCGGCCCCCCUCCCUGUCGCCCCGGCCCUCCUCCCUGUCGCCUCGGCCCCCCUCCCUGUCGCCUCGCCUCUUCUACCUGUUGCCUCGCUUCUCCUACCUGUAGCCUCCCCUCCCCUCCUAGUUGCCGUUACUUUCAUUGUCCCUCCAGAACCAUCUACCUCCCUCCCACUCCCCUGCAUCAAGUUUAACCCUCCCCUCCCUGUUGCCUCUCCUCUUCUUCCUAUCGUCCCCAGUGUAGUCACCCAGAGCUCUGAAAAGCUGAAAGUUGCAAGAGCUCAGCCAGCUCCAAAACCCAAACCCAGCAAGACACAGAACACUGCAGUGGAAACUAGGGUGCAAACUAGACCAAAGCUCAGGUCGUCAAUGGUGGUAGUAGCAAAGGAGGUUGAAGAGGUUGUGAGUCUGCAAGUUAGCAAUGAGGUUUCUGCUCUCACAGAGGGUACAAGCAUUAAAAAGAGUGAGGCGCAAGCACAUAGUAGUCCACUAAGACACAACAUUAUUCCCCAAAAGGAAGGAGAACAAAGCAAAUUGGCUCCAUCUGAGGGAGAACCAAGCAAAUUGUCUUCCCUGAAGAAUUCAGAGGAACCAACUUUGCUGAAGAAGGCAGAGGCACAAACUUCAAUGGAUAGCAAAAUUCUAUCUGGAGAUUUCAGCAAGUCUUCCAUCAGCAGUGCUUUAGACAAACCUGGGCGAAUGCCAUUGAGGAGUGAGAGUAGUAAAACUGAAGUGGCCAGCCAGUCCAUUACCCCGACAAUUCCACCAACUGCGGUGGAGAACAGAAAGUCCGCUUUGAGAGUCCAGAGGUCACCCAUGUCCUCAACCAGUGCUCCAAUCACAGCUGAGAAAAGGAGUGGAGUGGCAUCUUCCAUGAGGCUGAAAUCCCCAGUGAGACUCUCAUCACCCAUUAAGGUCAAACCUGAGAGGAUAAUCAAGUCUCCUCUAAGGGAUUCUCCUUUGCUGGUCAGUUCUCCUCUUCCCUCCAGCUUAGACACUCCUCUCCUCCUACCCAAACUGGAGCCCCCAGUACAGUCUCGACACAAGUUCCUGGAAUUACUAGACAUAGAGGAAAACCAACAGAAAAUAUCUACUCUCAACACCAGGUUCGAUAAGAUGCAUAGAGGCUGGGUCCAGAUAGACAAAGAGGGACAACCAACGCCCAGACACAAGAACAAGGCAGACAGACAGGCAGCGAUAUGGAAGAGCAAGCGCCGGGUCCGCAAGCCCAAGUCUUCGGAGCACCAGAGGUACUCCCUUGUCCAGAUGCUUUUCAAGAAUGAUUUGGACCUAGCAAGUAUCUGCCGCUGGUACAUGGAGUCAACAGAAACCCAAUCAAUGGUCAUCGUAAAGAAGGUGAACACACGUCUUCUCUCUGAGACCCAGCUGCUCUUCCCCGGUAUGUCCCAAGGGCUGUCCAAAGGGGUCUUCCCUAGCCUGCAAGCCGAGCGCUUGAAGAAACACUUGAAGAAGUUUGCCAUCGCUUCCCCUGUGAAGAGCAACCCUAAGAGCCAGAAGCUGAUUGCUAAAGCCCUGGAGCAGGAGGUCAGUACAAGUACGCCCAAAGGGAAGGAGAAGAGAGAGCUGACCACGGCCACCCGGAUCUCCACCAAAGCCUAUCUCUCCUCUGCAGAGGCACAGGCAACCGACGGCCAGAAGGCCUCAGCGAAGGCCAAGAACCCAGCCAGUGCUCGGAUCCUGCGGAAGUACUCCAAUAUACGUGAGAAGAUGCAAGGUCAACAAAGCUCCAAGAAGCCAAAAGUGAUCAAAGCUUCCAAAGUCAAACCCUCUAAAGCCCCAAAGACGAAAUUGACAAAACCAACUAAAUUGAAACCGGCCACUGCCCAGAGGCAGAAAUUAUCUGUUUCUGGAGAUAAAAGUGUGAAGGAGCAAAGUGUAGUCAAAACAGCGAGAGCCCAGUCAUCUCCUAGUAGAAAGACUCCAGUAAAAGCUGCUGUCCAGGAGAGAUCAGUCAAGACUAGCAGCAGCAGUAGAACCGUAAGAGAUCUCAGUAGGAAAGAGAGUGCAUCACCACAGAGGUCUACCCAAAGAGCGAUGACCCCAAAAGCACAGAAAAACACCCUUGCUCCUUCCAUCACCCCUAAAACUGACUCAAACAAACAGCAGGUUGGAGCAGAGAAGGCAGAGGAGGAAAAGAGACACUCUGAAAGUAGAGUAUCUGAGACUAAAGGCCAUGAAAGUAAAGGUGUUGAGAGCAAAGGCUCUGAAAGUGAGGUUGAGUCUCAACAGAACAUGGAUGUCAAAACGCCAGGCUCUCCUGACCAGGUACUCACAAGGUCACAAAGGAAGAUGGAGGCCACUCCACCCCCCUCAAUCUCUCAGAGUGCAAACUCUAAGCCUGCCACAAAGAGAUCAAAUGAACCAGCUAAGAAUAAGACUCUGAAGGCUGCCACAAAGAGAAGCCAGGAGAGCACACAGAAUCCAGCCAAGCGGAUCAGGAAGAAAUAGCUAGAAAUAGCUACAGUAGUGUGCAGAAAGAAUGUAACAGCCAAGCUGGUUAAAAUAAGGGGGGGGGGGGGGACUUGGCAAUGCCAACACUUUUGAUAAGCUUCAAAGGCAAAAUGCAAAUGGUGACUGGAAGAUAUUUAAAGUCUAGUGUGUUUGCUGUGUUUUCUGAGAGGGUACCUAUCAGACCAGUGUUGUUAUACAGAGGCAAAACUCAAUCUGGCCCCUGGUUUGGUAUUGUGUAAUUCUCUAACUGGGCUGUGGAGAUGAUUUUAUAAUGGUAUAUCUGCAUUGGAAACAUGUCAGACAUUUUUUAUUUUGGUUUGAUGCUAGGUUUAUUAGUUAUUCAGACUACAGCAUGCCAUGUCCUCCACCUUUUUGUUUGUCCUAGUGUUUUGUAAAGAUCACACAAGUCUCUAUUCCACGCUUUCAAUUUUUUUGUGAGGUUUAGUAAUAAUGGCAUGAGAACAUCAGUACCAUGUUGCUAAAAACAAAUAUAGAUUUUCUGUGACUGCAGCACAGCAUGGAAAGCCAAUCGUUCAAUUUAAAUUAGCCCAGGUUUCACUGAACAUCAUUCUUAGAUCUAUAGCCUAUAUUCAUCAAUGUCCCCAGCCCAUCUCGUGAUCAGAGUGGUGCGAGUGUGUGUGACUUUUUGUGAUCAGGUGCCUUAUUCAUCAGAUGUAAAGUAAUGUGUUGCUAACAGGUGAAGCCUCAAUUCUCUGGCCAUUGCACAGACACAUACUGUAGGAGGAGAAAGGGAGUGUUCUAGAUAUGGAUUUGGUGCAGGUCUGCACACAUUGUGUCAUGUUGACUUGGUCCUUCAGAACUCUUCUCCGGGUGAUUGUAUAGAGCUGGUCAUUGGUGCUGACCUGCACAUCUGUGUAUCUUCACGCACAACUUCCCUCCAUGUGUUCAGUCCCACAUGUUCCCUACUCUCCUCUGUCUUCCUGCUAUAAACCCACCCUGCUUCUCAUCAUGUACUGUUUAUUUUGAAUGUGUAAAGGAGCAUCAUGGUUAAUUAUUCUAAUGAGUUCUCUUUGACGUGUGUUUGUUUAGUUUUAGAUUCUGGGGUUAUUUCUGUUCCUGAGCAGUAGCCGUAUAACUGUUGUUACCGUAACUGUGUUUAACUUUCAAAAACUGUCCCAGUUCUGUUUUGAAAUUUUCACAAAUGAUUUAUUUUUCUUUGCAAUACAUGUGAGAUGUAUUAACACCUGCCUCACUUGUAUCUCUGAUCCUGUCCCUUAUAUUCUCUGAUUCUGGUUAGUUUAAUGGUGACGUUUUCCCUCUGGUGUGAUCAUUACAUGCUGUUGCAUGUGCUUUAGCUACCUGUAGUGUUUACAUUUAAAUGCUCGUUUCUCCAGUCUUUCACCUGUGCAGCAACGGCCCACUCUUGAAGUGCAGUAUUCACCUCAACUAUUUCUUAUUAAACAUGUAUAUGUUUGUUCUUUCUGAAAACUAGCUUUUGUUGCGGAAACUUUGACUAAGACUAUGCAUGCAUGUUACCUUUCCUCUCUGGGUCUUGUACUGAAUGAGCAUUAAUGACUGAUGAUAAACCCUUGAAAGACAUGCCAUUGGUCACCUGUUUUGGAAGGGGGUCACUUUAAGGUCUGCUGUUUGAGAGCAGAUACCAGGGAAUGAUGCUACAGUACAUAGAGCCACAGGUUGUAUCUAAUGUUUUGCCCAUACUUUGUGAGCUUGUAUGGUAGGGUGUGUUUACCUGUUAUUUGGACUAUAUUGCAGUAUACUGACCCCUGGUGACCAUAUGAAAAUUGUUGGAGAAAAAGUGUUUGUGAAUGAUCAGUCUGUACUAUAUCCCAAUGUUAUAGAAAUAACCUGUCUGGCAUGUUUUAUUUUUGUGUAUUUUAUUUCCCAGAUAGUUAUUUUAUUUCAGGAAUACGUUUUCUUGAUGCUUCCGUACUUCAGCAAUAGCCUGACCUCCGUUUGUCAAAAGAAAGAAGACAUUUUAGGACAGUUUUAUUUUUAUUAUGGUUAUUUCACUUUAAAAGUAAUAAUUUGUAAAUGCAAAAAGGUAUAAUUCAUGUUUUAUAUUGUUAUUUAAGAAACCCCUCUAGAUAAAUGCAUACAGUAGAUCUACAUGAAGCAGUCCACCAAAUAUCAAACUUGAACAUGUUUUAUUCUUUACUGUGGAUAUUUAUAGUUUGGGAUUCUGUAUAUUGGAAAAUAAAUAACUGAUGUAUUUGUGUUAAUCCCAAUAAUGAGACAUAUUUGAAGUUAGUGACUUUGUAUUCUUGCUGGAGUUGAUAUAAAGAUGUUUGAAUUGUAU